CCUAUAAUUUUUAAACAAUCAAUCUCUUCUACUUUUGUUCUCCAUUGAUGGGGUCUGGGAGUUCGAAGCUCACCCCAGAAGGAGAUGCAGUGCCUGCUAAAAUUCGCCCCGCUAUACAUCGUUGGUUUGAGGAUAUACGGAGACGUAAAAAUGAAAACAUGUCCAAGAAAGAACUCCUUAAAGAUGCUACGGAAGAGGAUGAAAGUUCCAGGCCUCAUUCUUUGCAUGACAUAGAGAGAAAGAGCUCAUCUUCAUCCUAUGAAAGUAUAGCAUCUUCAAUGCCAGCACCGAUCGUAGAAGAUAAGUCCAUUGUAGCAUCUGGGCCUUUGGAAUCUGAAGAAACAAAACUGCACGAGGAGCAUAAAAAUGCAGGGUUAUCCGGAAAACAGGAUGAUAAAAAAGAUAGUAAAGAAGAAGAAGAUGAAGAAAAGAAACAGAGUACGGUGGUUGUAGAGAAAGUCGUUGCGGUUGUGGAGGAUCACGAAACAGUGGAAGAGGAAGAAGAUGAAGAAGAAGAAGAAGAAGAUGAAAAGGGUGACUAUGUUUGCCUUGGAUCGCCAAGUUUCAGGGUAUAUUGCGUCCAAGCAGCAGAAGAUAACGAGGAAGAGAGUAAGAAAGGCAGCAGCAAGCACAAAAAUUCAACCAGUGGUGAUAGUACCGCUGAAAGUUGUUCUGAUCAUGAGGGACAAGAAAAAAAGACAAAGAAGAAAGGAAACAGAGCAAGAAGCAGAUUGACGAGAGCCAUCCGUAAGGGCGGACCAGCAGUAAAGAAUUUGCUCAUAUCGGCAUCGUGUUACCACCCAAGUUGCUCUGGUGGCGAUAGAACUCGUCUUCUUGAAGAAAAAGCAGAAGCUUGAUUAUCCUAGAAAUAACUAAUUCAUGGAGCCUUGCCGAUUUCUUCAUGCUUCUUUUACUGGCUCCGUUGUCUUUUCUGGAUCGAUUUUAAUUUGUUAUAUUUCUAGUGAUAGGAUGUAACAUUAUUAUAUUUAUUCUUUGUGUUUUGAUA